UCUUUCAUCCUAUCAGCAAAACAACACACCCCUCUUUCAUUAUGGGUGGCUUUCAAAAAGUCGUUGAACUUGAAAAUGAGAUAGUCUCAGUCACUAACCCCUUGGACUCCGACGAACUCAGGAGGCAAGGCCACAUGAUUGUAGACUUCAUUGCUGAUUAUUACAACAACAUUGAGAAAUAUCCGGUUCGAAGCCAAGUUGAACCGGGUUAUCUUAGCAAACGUUUGCCACAAUCUGCACCGAAUAAUCCUGAACCUAUCGAAAAAAUCCUCCAGGAUGUCCAGAAACAUAUUGUCCCCGGAAUAACACAUUGGCAAAGUCCUAAUUUCUUUGCAUAUUUCCCUUCAAACGCUAGCAUUGCUGCGAUUCUAGGAGAAAUGCUUAUCACGGCCUUUAAUGUUGCAGGAUUCAGCUGGAUAUCAUCACCCGCUGCAACUGAGCUGGAGAGUAUUGUUAUGGAUUGGCUUGGAGAAAUGCUGAAGCUUCCAAAGCCUUUCCUUUUCUCUGGUAAUGGAGGAGGUGUUUUACAAGGAACUACUUGUGAGGCAAUUCUGAGCACUUUAACUGCUGGAAGAGAUCAAGUUCUAAGAAAGAUUGGAAGAGAAAACAUAACGAAGCUUGUUGUUUAUGGGUCUGAUCAAACUCAUAGUGCAUUUCAAAAAGCUGCUCAAAUAGCUGGAAUCAAUCCCAAGAAUUUCCGGGCUAUUAAGACGAUCAAAUCAUCAUUAUUUGGCCUAACCCCGGAGUCACUACUGUCAACUGUUAAGUCAGAUGUAGAAGCUGGGCUAAUUCCAUUUUUCCUUUGUGCCACAGUCGGGACGACAUCAACAACAGCAAUUGAUCCCUUAGGACCCCUCUGCAAAAUCGCAAAAAAAUAUAGCAUAUGGGUGCAUGUUGAUGCUGCAUAUGCUGGAAGUGCCUGUAUAUGCCCCGAGUUUCGCCAUUUCCUCGAUGGUAUUGAGGAUGUAGACUCGUUUAGUAUGAAUGCACAUAAAUGGUUCUUCACCACUCUAGAUUGUUGCUGUCUAUGGGUGAAGGAUCCCAGUGCUCUUAUAAAGUCGCUUUCAACAUAUCCUGAGUACUUGAGGAACAAGGCUAGUGACUCGAAGCAAGUAGUUGACUAUAAAGAUUGGCAAAUUACCCUAAGCCGAAGAUUUCGUUCCUUGAAACUAUGGCUAGUGGUACGAAGCUAUGGAGUUACCAACCUGAGGAUGUUCCUACGCAGGCACGUGAAGAUGGCCAAGACAUUUGAAGAGCUUGUUGCUAGUGAUAAGAGGUUCGAGAUUGUUGUUCCAAGAAAUUUCAGUAUGGUUUGUUUUAGAGCAGUGCCAUGGGUAUUAAGCUUAGGUAAAAAUAAGUAUAGAAAUCUGUCAGUCCCAGAGGAGGAGCAAGCGAAUGAACUUAACAGAGAGUUGUUGGAGUCGGUAAAUGCAUCCGGGAAAGUGCACAUGACGCAUACCAUGGUGGCUGGAAUUUAUAUGAUAAGAUUUGCGGUAGGUGGGACUUUAACAGAGGAGAGACAUGUCAGGGGAGCUUGGAAGCUGGUGCAACAACAACUGGAAGCAAUACUAUGCAUAUCAGUUUGAAUUAUUAUUAAUCUGGUAAACAUUAUGAAAUAAGCUUUCUGACUUCUUUGAUGUCAAAGAUGUUCGGAUUGACAUAGGUUGUUGUAUUUGGUGAAAUAAGCUUCCCGACAUCUUUUACGUAAAAGAUGUUUUGGAUUGAUAGAUUGUUGGAGCUGCUCGCAUAUUUUAAGCUGGAAUUGUUGUUACAUUUAUUUCUAUUUGAAAUUGGAGUUGACCUUCUAAGACUUUUAUGUUGUAAUAAAUUAUAUUAUUAUUGAUCCUUUGUUACCAUUGAGAUGUUAA